CUGAUUCUUCCAUUCAUCUUCCAUUUUAAUUUGAACUACUAUGCCUGGACUCGCCGUGCAUCUUCAUUUUCUCCUUGGAGCUCCGUCCGAGUAUCAGGACAAUCAUCAGCUCAUCAGCAGCUGGAAUACUGGUCAACAUGGUCAGAUGAACUCAGCCGAAGUCGCCGGAGACGGGGACCUCAUCGACGAGCCCUCGAAUUCGGUUCUUGACAUCUACCGCCACGCGGAACAGAAAUCACAAUCCGACGUCCUUUCAAGUGUCCUAUUAAAACCCCAUGGGCCGUCGAUCGCGAUUUCUUUGCUGUCCGUGCUCUCGUCAGGUCGCCCAAGUGAUCAAAUUUCGGGGGAGCUCGCCGAUAUUGUGGGGUUUCAUGAUAUCGACCUCGUCGUGGAGAUCCUCAACAACCGCGAUGUACUUGCUCGAGAGCUUCAAGACUUUCUCCACGGACAGCAUGUAAGUCAAGAGACCGACCAUGAGAAUGAACGGAUACCAGAUGACCUUUCUGCAGAGUCUGCGCGUCUGCGCACCGAGAAGACCCUCAGAGAGAACGCAGCUCGUCCGCUCUUUACUGGUGUCGCGCAACCUGAAGCCGAAGUUUUGCCUCAUGUAUACACAUCUUCAUCCAUCAGUCAAGGCAAUGUGUUGUCACAUCUGGGCGGCAAAUAUAUACUACCUGUAGAUACCACACGGCAAGAGUACGAGGAAUACCAUGAGGUUGUGAUUCCUCCUUCCAAGCCUAUUCCUCCUCGGAGUACAGAGCGUUUGAUCCCCGUCUCAGAACUGGAUCCAAUAGCACGAGGGUCUUUUCCAGGUUACUCGUCACUGAACCGCAUUCAAUCCAUUGUCUAUCCCACGGCAUAUGGUUCCAAUGAAAAUAUGCUUGUCUGUGCUCCUACUGGUGCUGGUAAAACCGACGUAGCCAUGAUGACCAUUUUGCGCGUCUUGGACCAGCACAGGUCCAAGAAUGAUGACAAAAAUAUACGCGCAACAAUUGAUCGUGAUUCAUUCAAGAUCAUAUAUGUGCAAGUAGCUCCUAUGAAGGCAUUGGCUUCAGAGAUCGUGCGAAAGUUUAGCAGACGGCUUCAAUGGCUAUCUAUCCAAGUAAGGGAAUUGACUGGCGACAUGCAGAUGACAAAAGCUGAAAUCGCGCAGACCCAAAUCAUCGUCACCACACCGGAGAAAUGGGAUGUCGUUACACGAAAACCGACGGGGGAAGGAGAGCUUGCUUCACUGCUUAAACUACUGAUAAUCGAUGAAGUUCAUCUGCUGAAUGAAGAGCGUGGCGUGGUCAUCGAGACCAUCGUUGCCCGUACUCUACGACAAGUAGAAUCGAGUCAAUCUAUCAUUCGAAUUGUAGGCCUUAGUGCUACCCUACCUAAUUAUGUUGACGUCGCGGAGUUCCUCAGCGUCUCACGCUACACAGGACUGUUCUACUUCGAUUCAUCCUUCCGUCCAGUCCCUCUCGAACAGCAUUUUCUCGGCAUCAAAGGCAAACCAGGCAGCUCUCAAUCACGCAAAAAUCUCGACCAUGUAGUUUUCCAGAAAGUAUCUGAUUUAGUGGCGCAGGGUCACCAGGUUAUGGUAUUUGUCCACUCACGAAAAGAUACUGUUAAGACUGCUCUGUCUGUCAAAGACAUGGCCAAUCUUGAAGAAAAUAUUGACGAUUUCAGUUGUCAAGACCACCCUAUGUGGAAACACUUCCGCCGUGACAUAGGUCAGUCGAAGAAUAGGGAAAUGAAGCAGCUUUUCGAUAGCGGCUUUGGUAUACAUCACGCUGGGAUGCUAAGGUCUGACAGAAGUAUGAUGGAACGCAUGUUCGAUGCAAGGGCUAUCAAGGUUCUGUGUUGUACGGCUACGCUUGCUUGGGGUGUCAAUCUUCCUGCCCACGCCGUCAUCAUUAAAGGAACACAGGUCUACGAUAGCUCCAAAGGUGCUUUCGUGGACCUUUCCGUGCUAGAUGUAUUACAGGUAUUUGGCCGUGCGGGCCGUCCUGGGCUGGAAACUAGCGGCGAAGGCUACAUAUGUACAACUGAGGACAAGCUCACGUACUACUUGAACGCAAUAACUUCACAGAAUCCCAUUGAAUCGCAGUUCCGGCGAGGUAUCAUCGACGCUUUGAAUGCCGAAGUGUCCCUGGGUACUGUCGCCAACACACAUGACGCGGUACAAUGGCUAGGCUACACAUAUCUCUUCGUCAGGAUGCGGAAGAACCCUUAUGGAUACGGGAUACUGCGGGAGUCCGCAUCUGAUGACCCAAACCUUGGCAAUAAGCGCAACGAAUUGGUCGGUUUAGCGGUGCAAAAACUUGCGGAAGUGCGCAUGAUGAUCUAUGACCGAGAGACGGGUGCCUUCACGAUAACGGACCUCGGACGGAUCGCUGCUAAGUAUUAUAUUCGUUUCGAGUCUAUCGAGAUUUUCAACAAGGAGUUUCGUCCGAAGAUGUCUGAGGCUGAUGUUUUGGCCAUGCUGAGUAUGAGUACUGAGUUCAAUCAAAUCCAAGUCAGGGAUGCUGAAGAGAAGGAGCUCAUAUUGCUUGGGGACAUCGUACCCUGCGAAGUCAAGGGACGGGCCGAAACCAAUCCUGAGAGAAGCAUCGAAACGAGCCAGCAAAAGGUGAACAUCCUUCUCCAAGGGUAUAUAUCCAGACAGCCUGUCGAGGAUUUUGCGCUCGUGUCAGACAUGGCAUAUGUAGCCCAGAAUGGCGGCCGUAUAAUCCGUGCAUUACUAGAGAUUGCCAUCAGUCGGAAAUGGGCGACCGUCACGACCGUCCUUAUGGGGAUGAGCAAAGCUAUUGAGAAGCGACUAUGGCCCUAUGAUCAGCCUCUGAAGCAGUUUGACCUCAAACCAGAUGUUUUUUAUGCUUUGGAGACUUGGGCAGAUCAAUGGGCGCCGGCAGAACUAGCGACCUUGGGUGCGGAGGAACUAGGAAAACUCAUUCACAUGAACGAGCAUCACGGAAAGGCAUUGUUGACCGCGGUCAAACAAUUUCCGACCGUCAAGAUUCUUUAUAACUUACGACCUCUUGGACCUGACGUCCUCAAGAUAUGCGUUCAGGUAAGACGAGCCUUUUCCUGGAACGAUAAAGUGCAUGGAAGUUCAGAACCGUUUUGGCUAUGGGUGGAAGAUCACGAUGGGUUGAAUAUCCUACAUCUAUCACAUCUCCUUUUCCGGCAAGUCACUGAAACCCUGAACGUGGACUUUGUUAUCUCUAUACCCGAUGGUCGACCACCGCCUUCCGUUACUAUCCGGUUUGUUUCUGAUAGGUGGAUGGGGGCUGAGGACGAGGCCAAUGUAUCAUUGGAAACUUUAACUAUGCCAGUGGUAUCCAACAGCCACACCCCCAUUCUGGAUAUUCCCUUCUUGGCACCUACCGUCCUGCAAAACCCGGUUGUCGAAUCGAUUUUUGCAAAUCGUAUCAAUAAUUUCAACGCUAUUCAAAGCCAAGUAUUUUGGAGUUUGCUCCACACGCAGUCUCACGCAUUGUUGUGUGCGCCGACUGGUAGCGGGAAGACAACAUUGCUAGUGGCUUUAGUUUGGACUACGGUGCUACGACACCCUGACGCGUCUGUCCUGAUAGUCGUCCCAUCAAAAGGUUCCCUCGCCGAGAUUUCCUCCCAACUCCGAAUAGGAUCCAGCGUUACAGGUGUUACCGUGGAAAUUGCCAAGGACGAAAAUUUCCUGCUCCCCCCAAAGAAGCGUCGACGAAUGCUCUUGGUUCCGACCUCUCUCUUGCUACACGCAUUGUCUCAUAGAGACCCCAGGGCACCACUCACAGGGUAUGACCUCAUUAUAUGUGAAGAUCUCGAACGCUUGGACGCCACCUACGAGCUAUCAAUUUCAUUAUUGUUACAUGCUACGCAGACUUGUCCCACGCGGUUCGUUUGUGCCUCGAAUUCACUCAAUGACCCAGGUGACCUAGUUGCGUGGCUCAAUAUUGAUCCCUUCGCGUUGCACAGUUUCCGGCCCCGUGAUCGCGGGCAAAGUCUCUCCACACAUAUACAAACGUUCAACAUACCCCAAUCCGCAUCUUUAUUCAAGGCAAUGGCGAAACCCGCUCAUGCCGCCAUCACCAGAGCAGGAUCCGAAGACACAAGUGGGGGAAUCCUCAUCUUUGUGCCAUCCCGCGCACAAUGCCGCAUAACUGCCCAGGAUCUUAUUACUCAAUGCGCGCUGGAGAUGGAGACGGAAGUGGGGUAUCUCCCUGCAGGGAUAUCACAAGAGUUUCUUGAUCAACACCGCGUGCAAUUGCGAGAUGCUUCUCUCAUUGACUUUAUUCUUAAAGGGAUUGGGUUCUUCCACGAGGGAAUUCGGAGAGAAGAUAGACAUCUGAUGGUGGAGUUGUAUGCCGAAGGGGUGCUUCGGGUUCUAAUCGUGCCGCGAGAAUCUUGCUGGAGUGUUCCUGUAAGGGCUAGAGUGGUGGUGGUACUAGGGACGCAAUAUUUCCAUGCCGAAGAUGGGCUGAAGGAUUAUGAUGUCACAGAGUUGGUGCGUAUGCAGGGUAGGGCGGUCCGGCACUUGGGAAGCGGAGACUUCUAUUUGUUCUGCCAGGGUGAAGCAAAGGAUACACUAAUGCGGUUCUUGAACGAGGGGUUACCUUUGGAGUCGCGGCUUUUGGAAUCCGAUCAGUUGGCGGCAUGGCAUACAGAUCAGACAACCCGAGGCAGGCUGCAGAGCAAACAGGACAUGGUGGAUGUGUUGUCAUUUUCAUUCCUUUCACAGCGGAUCUCGACGAAUCCAGCGUACUACGAUUGCUCCUCGGAUUCGAGAGACGGAAAUCUGUCGCGUAUCGUAGACGGGCUUACCAAUCAGAACUAGCGAUAUUUUAGUGUGGCAUCAUGCUGACUGUGCGCUGGUGGAUCUCAGAAACCUUAUUUACAAUACAAAAUCCGUUGGGUAUCAUGGCUAACCCAUUUGCGGACUGUAGCGGGCGAGGUAGAAAGGCUCGAACGCGGCGGAAAAAAUCCUGGAGAGGUGUCCUUCGGAAUCUAACUUCAGUUCAUAUAAUUCUUAGUUCUAAGUUACAGCAUGAAGAUCAGCGCACGUUGAACCUGAAACAAGGUCACCGUGUAUCCCCU